AUGGACUUUGAAAAUUCAUCAUCAACACCAGAAAAGCUUGCUUUAUUGGUAUUUAUUGCUGCUAUUGUAGUUGGAAAUAUUUGUGUAUUUGUGACCUAUUUUGUACGUGCUAAUGGAAAACAUUGGUCAAAUAUGUUUGUAUUAGGCAUGGCCUUUAUUGACUUAUUUAUUGGUAGUUUUGUUCUUCCUAUGCGUUUUAUAAGUGCUUAUGGAAGUCCCUUAACAUCAAAAUUAUGUGCCGCUCUAUCCAUUGGUGAAUCGUGUGCAUUGGGUUCUGUUAUUUAUGCUAUCGGUUUUAUGGUUUAUACUCGUUUAUAUGAUUUAAAACAAACAUCAAUAAAUAUUCGUCGUCGAUAUCUUAUCAUAUUGUUAUUGAUAUCAUGGAUUGUUUUAUUUCUUUUCUAUGGUGUUCCAUUUAUGACGAAUUAUUCAAGUUAUCUUUUAACAAUUAUAUCAUCAACAACAAAUACAACAUCUUACUGUACAACAUACACAACAUCUAUUUAUCAUCCAAUCUGGAUGGCUUAUACAGAAAUUGGAAUCAUAUACUCAUUGCCACUUUUAUGUAUAUUUAUUGGUCUUAUUUUUCUUAUACGUCAUUUAUGGCAACGAAGACCAGCAAGGCUCGAUAAAAUUCAACGUAAACAAUAUCGUGAACAAAAAAAAAUGACAUGGCAUGUUGUUAUAUUAAGUUUCACAUUUAUUCUUUUAUGGUUACCUUGGAUUACAAUUCGAAUUUUCAUUAUAUUUCAUAAUACAAAAGAAAUUCAACGUGCUUUACAAAUAACUUAUUAUAUUCUUAUACUCAAAUCUGCAUUUUUUCCUAUCUUAUAUGCUUCAACAAACUCAUCAUUUCGUGGUUCAUUUGCGAUUUAUAGACAUAAGCGAAUAACAACUAAUAAUCGUGUAUGGACAGUGCGUGAACAUUUCGGAUAUUAA